GGGCCUCUUGGACUGGAUGGCAAACCAGGGCCUCCAGGAGCCAAAGGGGAAAAGGGGGAUCAAGGAGACAUCGGCCCAAGAGGUGAGAAAGGACAACCUGGAGAAGCUGGUAUCAUGGGUGAGCCUGGUAUUCCAGGAGGAAAAGGUGAUGCUGGAAUCCCAGGAGAACCAGGGAUUCAAGGGCCAAAGGGAGAACAAGGAAGUAUUGGGCCCAUAGGCGAGAAGGGCAAUGAAGGACUACCAGGGCCAAAGGGAAAACAAGGAAGCGUUGGCCCAAUGGGAGACAAAGGCAUAGACGGUAAACCAGGGCCAAAGGGGGAACCUGGAGGCCCUGGCCCAGUGGGAGACAAAGGCAAAGAUGGUCUACCAGGGCCAAAGGGAGACCCAGGAAGUGUUGGUCCAACAGGAGAGAAAGGCACAGAUGGCCUUCCAGGGCCAAAGGGAGAACCAGGAAGUGUUGGCCCAAUGGGAGAGAAAGGAAUAGAUGGUCUACCAGGGCCAAAGGGAAAACAAGGAAGCGUUGGCCCAAUGGGAGAUAAAGGAAUAGAUGGUCUACCAGGGCCAAAGGGAGAACCAGGAAGUGUUGGCCCAAUGGGAGACAAAGGAAUAGAUGGUCUACCAGGGCCAAAGGGAGAACCAGGAAGUCCUGGCCCAGUAGGGGAGAGAGGCAUAGAUGGUCUACCAGGGCCAAUGGGAGAACCAGGAAGUCCUGGCCCAGUAGGGGAGAGAGGCAUAGAUGGUCUACCAGGGGCAAAGGGAGAACCAGGAAACAUUGGCCCUGUGGGAAAAAGAGGCAUGGGUGGUCUACCAGGACCAAAGGGAAACCGGGGAAGCAUUGGCCCAACAGGGGAGAGAGGCAUGGAUGGGCUACCAGGGCCAAAGGGAAAUCCAGGAAGCAUUGGUCAGACUGGGGAAAAAGGCAUAAAAGGGCAACCAGGAGCAAGGGGAAAACGAGGAAGCGCUGGCUCAGUGGGGGAGAGAGGCAUAGAUGGGCUACCAGGGCCUAAGGGAGAACCCGGAAGCAUUGGCCCAAUGGGAGAGAAAGGCUUAGAUGGUCUAGCAGGGCCGAAGGGUGAACCAGGAAGCCCUGGUCCAAUAGGAGAGAAAGGCAUAGAUGGUCUACCAGGGCCAAAGGGAGAACCAGGAGGCAAUGGCUCAGUAGGAGACAAAUGCAUUGAUGGGCUACCAGGGCCAAAGGGAGAACCCGGAAGCCCUGGCCCGACAGGAGAGAAAGGCACAGAUGGUCUACCAGGGCCAAAGGGAGACCCAGGAAGUGUUGGCCCAACAGGAGAGAAAGGCACAGAUGGCCUUCCAGGGCCAAAGGGAGAACCAGGAAGUGUUGGCCCAAUAGGAGUGAAUGGAAUAAAUGGUCUACCAGGGCCAAAGGGUGAACCUGGUGAAAGAGGAGCAGAUGGACACAUUGGGCCAAGGGGUCCUCCAGGCCUGAAAGGAGAACAGGGUGAUACAGUAGUAAUUGACUACGAUGGUAGAAUCUUGGAAGCUCUCAAGGCUGCAGGGAAACUCAGAUUGACGGGCCCGCCAGGUCCCCAAGGGCCUCCAGGCCCCCAAGGAGCUCCAGGACCAAAGGGGGAACUUGGAUUGCCUGGCCCACCUGGAGUUGAUGGAGAGAAGGGUCCUAAAGGUUCGAAAGGAGACCAAGGAAGCUCCGGACUCAUAGGACAAAAAGGAGAGAAAGGAGAUGUUGGCAUGAGCGGUCUCCCAGGUCCGAAAGGAUUGAAAGGAGACCAAGGAAACCCUGGAAUAGCGGGAGAGAGAGGAGAGACAGGAGAAAUGGGCUUGUCUGGUCCACCGGGCAUUGAUGGACCAAAAGGAGAACCUGGCGCUCCCUGUGAGAAGGAUCUUGUGCAGAUUAUAGCUGAACCAGGACCUCCUGGCGUUCCAGGUCUACCAGGUCCACCAGGCCCUACAGGUCCUCAAGGAAUACAGGGGCAUAAGGGUCCCCAAGGAAUUCAAGGACACAAGGGCUCAGAUGGUGCAAAGGGUGCAAAAGGUGAAAGUGGUCAUAAAGGUGAAAAAGGUGUCCCUGGGCCACAUGGUCCUGCUGGUACUCCUGGGCUUAUCGGUUUACCAGGCACCAAAGGGGAGAAGGGAAAGCCAGGGGAACCAGGAUUAGAUGGUUUCCCAGGCCUAAGAGGAGAAAAAGGAGAAAAAAGUGAGAGAGGAGAAAAGGGAGAAAGAGGACUUCCAGGUAGAAAAGGAGCAAAAGGGCAAAAGGGAGAGCCAGGGCCGCCUGGAUUGGAUCAGCCUUGUCCAGUGUUCAUUUUUAAAGGGGAGCCAGGUUUACCUGAACUGGAUGGUGUGGAUAUGCUCUGCCCUUUGGGACCAGAUGGAUUACCGGUACCAGGAUGCUGGCACAAGCCACAGAUAGAAAUGGAGGAGAAAAUGAAAAAGAAAAAGAAGUUGCAGCCUUAGAAAUGAGACAAACGGUGGCUUGCGGAUGAAUGUAGGAGGAACCUCCAACCCGGAAAUACAACACAAACGUUACCACACAUGCUGCUACAUACCUCCGCCUUGAAGAAAACAGUUACGUUCUUGGUCGUUAUGAUCACCUGUGUCAUCUGUGGCAGCUUUUUCCACAUGUAGAAAACUUUGUCGCCGGGAGAACCUCUGCUUAUUCAUUCUACAAUCUGUGACUUAAAGCGGGUUGAUUCUCUUCGGGAACUUUUGUAAUUACUGCGGAAUUGGAAAAACUUGUAGUGCCUCACAUAUCAUACGGAUCACACACAAACACACACACAGAGGAAACAGUACAAUAUUCAUCUCAGUUUUACAGAUUUGCAGCAUAACACCAGUGCUGAUUAAAACCUCUUCCAUAGCCACAGUCCAUGAGUUGCCAGCUCAUGUUUGCAAACUGGGAAGGGAUUCCUGUAUGAAGUCCAGUGCUUGCUUCCCUGAAUUGGCAGGGCUUGCCAUAUCAGUACUGAUAAACUGGAGCUCUGUUUUUGGACUUUGCUCCCCCACUCCCUUAUGUAGAAUCAAGUACAUAACUCAGGAGGAGUAUCUUCAUUGGUGUGUAAGCACCUCCCAAAUAAAACUACCUAUGGUCAGAAGUGCAGGAGUUCAAUAAUAGCACCAGUGGUUGUUUGGUCACUUACUUGGUCAUGGAAACAACUCUUUCAGUUUCAGUUCUUCAGAGUAAAGGUGUCUAGGAGAAUCUCCAUAUUUUAUGCAGCAAACAAAGGUGCACCAGUGUUACAUCAGUGAUCCCUUACAGCAAAGCAUAAAGUGAGAACAGGCACAUUUCUUUAGCGUGCCUGAGAACUUCUGGCCAAAUCAAAACACAAUGGCUACAAAAAGCAUGGAACUCUUGCUUUUGAUUGGAUUGCAGCAGUGGAUUGUGGGUAUGAGCACAAAUAAGGGAGAAAAUGCUGCUAGUGGAGUAUCCUGCAUAUUUACCAUUGGUAUAUUGAACAAUAGCUUACUAAUUUCAAGAACCUAAGCAUGUCCACACAUAGCCUACCUUGAACCUAUAUUUGUAGCAAUAAGCAAUUUCAUUUCAAGCAGCACAGCCAAAACUGUUCACCCAUUUAUGCAACUAUAUAGUGUUCUAUACACCCCUUGUUGUUGUGCUGCCAGUGGGAUCACAUACACACAGUUUGUUUACUUUAGGGAUGAGGAGCCAUUCAGAUGUUGCUGGACUGCAACCCCGUCAUCUCAGGUUAGGGCUGAUGGGGGCUGGAGUCCAACAGAAUCUGGAAGGAUACAGGUUAACUUCCACUGGUUUGCUUCCUCUGCCAAACACCACACUGGCGAAACUCUUCACGCUCCAGGUUUCGAAUCUUUUAUUUAAAAGGCCAUGUUAACGAAAAUGUUUUCACAAGUAUACAAUGAGUAUAGAAAGGUUCUGGCAAUGAUGUUUUGAUGCUGGGUGGAUCUAGGAGCAUCCAGGAGGCAUGCUACCUAAGAAGUAAGGGCUACAGAACAUGUUAGGUAGAAGUUUAUUGCUUGGAAGAUACUGAGGUAAAUAGGGAGAGCAGCAGAAGUGGAGUUAAUGGCUCCUGGCUCUUAAGAGCACCAAUGUCUUCCAUAGGGCAAGAAAAAGUUCAUCUGGUCCUGCUGGUCUGACCACUGUGAUCGCAGAAGCUGUUUGCCUUAGUCCUCUGUCUCACAGCUGUUAAAAGCACAGCAGUUCUCUGUGAGUUGGCAAGCAUAGUUGGGAGCAGCUGCAGAACUGACUGAGCAAUGUUGACUCGUGGAAAGAGGUUACAGCUUCAUGGAAGCAUCUGAACCCUUUCGCCUCUGAACAUUUAGCUAAGGCCUUAUAUGACAGUUUCCUCAGCGUCAUGUUUGUUUGAACACUAGCAAGCUGUGACAGUGAUCAACUAGGCACAAAACUAUGAUGAAAGCUCACGUUUAUAGGAACCAAGGGACAUAAUACUUCGCGGUUUGAACAAAACCUAGGAAGCCUGGAUUUCCCUCUCCCGUUUUAUUUUGGUGCUAAUUGGCUUCAUCCUAAUUCAGAGUUUAAGCCCUCAUUCCCAGAGAUGGGGUGUAAUUCUAUUCCAAAGUGCUGGUUCGCGUUACUGAUCAGAAUUCACAUGUGUAAGGAUGGCAUGGUGCUCUCCGUUAGUGUAAGGUAGAAGAGGGGUUCUGGAUUGCUAUCCUCUGAAUCUUUAGCAAUAAUGUAUAUUAUUUCUAUUAUUACUACUUGUAAAGUCUUCUAGAAAAACUGCAGUUAAUGCUUUAAACAGUGUACAAUUCUUCACAUUGUAGAAGAUGCAUACUAUACACACAAAAAUAGACUAUAAAGUUAACAUUGCUUCACUUGUUAACUACUUGGGUUACAUAUAAGAUAGCUUUAUUGUAUGAUUUCUGAUGUCCAUAUGGCAUUUUGCUCGGUAAUGAUAUUAGACUGUUGUGUAAAUGAAGAUAAACUACACUGACUUAAGAAAGAAAUUAGAUACUUUAAAUUGUCAAUUAAAAUGCUGUAACCUUCCAUACAAAAGACUAGCUUUCAAGGCUUACUUGAAAGUCAAACAGCUGUGUGCAUAGCUUCGUUUUCUGCAUGUAAUACUCUUUUACAGGUGGCAAAAACCAGUGACAAGUCCAUGUGCAGCAAAAUCAACUCUCUUCUUCCUCGUCUACAGCAUAUCAUUUCCUCCAAAUCUUAUCUCAUGGCAAAAUAUUUCCCUGCAGUCUGUAGUGUUUGCUGAGUACACUGUACAUCUAUCUAAUUGCCAUUCUGUUAAUGUCAUCCUUAGCAAAAGGAAAGGAAGCAAAAGGCUGGAGCAUGUAUGUGGUAGUGUGACAAUAGUAAUAACGCACAAUUAUAGCCCCAGUCAAGAUAGAUGCAGGUGGACCUGCUGCUUUAAAUCCCACCCCCCAACUCCCAUUUUCGUGCCGAAUCCCCUCACUGUUUUCAAUUUUGGAAGUUCAGUUAGUAAUUUACUGGCUUUGGCGGGGAGGGGAGCAAAGUUUCUGUGAGUGAACACUCAAAAAAAGGCCACAUGCAUCCAUGCCCUUCUGGAUCACUGCUUAUGAAAUUUAAUACUGGCUAUACUAUUCUUUUUUUGAGAAAAUAGACAAAUUACCCCUUCAUCAUUCUCUCUUAUUAACAGCUGUCAGUGGCAGCACUGGAAAAACAAAAUCCAGAAGAAAUAUUUAAAAGUACUUUUCAUUUCUGAACUCUUUUAAAACAACAACUCAUUAGUGCCACAAUAAAAUAUAUUUAUUCAAGAAGUGGGCACACACAAGUGGAGAAGAUACAUUGUUCGUUAGUACAUUAAACCCAUUUUUAUUUGUGAGUCCUUGGCAAGCUGUUCAGUGAUAACAUAUUUGUAAAGAAAGAGCAACCUUCAGCAACAGUUAUUUCUUCAAUUGCAGACAGCACCAAAGUGAGAUUCCUUAUAAAAUGUGACUCCACAUCAUCUAUUGUUAGCAACUGCAUAUUUUUCUUUCCCUUCCUCCAAGAAGGUCUAAGCGAUUUGGAAAUAUCUAUAAGAAGUAAUUUAAAAGAACACAUAGUGUUAUCUCGUUCAGUCCACAUAACAACUUUAUGAGGCAUAGGUGCCAACUUCCUGGGGUCUUGGGUGCCCAAGCACCCACAAAAUUCCCCAUAAAGGGGCUGGGCACCCACAAAUUUUGGUGCCAGGGCCAUGCACAUUGCAUGGCACCCAUGGUCAAGGGGCUAAGUUGGCACUCCUGUUAUGAGGUAAGUUAAAGGAUUGUGAGUUGCCCAAGACCUGCUCCUAAGCUUCAUAGUUCAAACCUAAGUCUAUACCACAUGGAAUGCAUGUCAGAGUGAAUUCACUGAAUAUAUUAGCAAUGGGACUCCUGUAUGGGAUGCUUCAGAACUGCAUAUUUUGUCUACAUAUCAUUUAUUUUGGUGGUGGCAGCAGGUACUGGCCUGGUUCAAAAGUCAUGCUAUUCCCCUCCCUCUCUUCCCUUUGUCCUCCAGCACAGCUGCAAGGAAGAAUCAGAAGCUUUGCUUCUGCAUUAAAUUUCUACACACCAGCACCAAGAUACAGUAAUUUGAUCCAUUUCUGUUCAGUUAAAGACAUACUUCAGAUCAGGAGUGGGGAGCCUUUGGCUCUCCAGAUGUUGCUGAACUACAGCUCCCACCAUCCCUAGCCAUUGGCAGUGCUUACUAGGGCUGAUGGGAGUUGUAGUUCUACAUCUGAAAAGCCAAAGAUCCUGUAACUCCUGCUUUAGAUACUCAUUUAAAAUGCUUAUCGGCAUCACCUUUUGUAGCAUUGGAAUUGUGGGAAAUAACAGCUUUAAAGCCCUGAAAGGAAUUCGGUAAUUCCUUUUUAAUAGAAAUGCUCUAUUUACAGUGCCUAAGUACCAAUUAAAAUCACCAAAUCACUACUAGCCAUCAGAAUGGUAGUGAUUUGGGUUUUUUAAUCAGCACAGUAUUUUUAAAAAUUGAAGAUUAUCAACAUGGCUUCUUUAUAUAGGAGGACAUUGAUAUGCUUUCAAAAGCACCAAUCUGUGUAGUAUGUGAAAUAAAGACAAUUUUGUUUUACGCUUUAAAUUGCUCUUAUUUUGAAUGGAAAUAUAAAGAAUAGCCAGCAUUCAAUAUUUUAACUACACGUUUUCAGUUUUUGAUAAUUUUCUAAUUUUUCAACUUGAUACCUUGAAAAAGUGAGGGUUUGCACUAUAUGGUACUAAAACCCUUCCAUAAUUUGAUUUCAAACGGCUAGUUUUCAUUUUCUAGGUGGGUUUGAUUUCCAAAGAUAUAUCCAGCAAAGUGAUUGAUCAGUAUCAGGAUACAAUAAUUGAACAUUUAUUCACUAUUGCCUCCUAAGCAAUGUGUUUUUGCAUGCUGAAUAAACUGCAUUCACAUAUAGUGGUCAUUUGGCAAAGCAGACAGUUGAAUUGGAAAGCAUUCCUAAGAGUCAGUAGUUGACCUUGAUUUUAUUGUCACAUUUUAGGUGGGGUGUGAAGCGCACAUUUCUGCCAAGUUGAAAUUAUAAUUGAAAUCAGUGUAAUCAGUAGGCAGAAUCUAAUCAAAAUUAAAUGGUAGAGUUAAGCAGAAUGGACAGGCUUAAAUCUCUUCCACUUAAAGAGAUGGAACUUGAAAGUACCGGUAUUUCACAUCUGCUAUAUCAUGCUGUGUUUAUCUCAAUAGAAUGUUGUGCCACAGAACUGAAAAACAACACUGUCAACGUUUUCAGCCUACUUCUAAAUUGGCAUUUUGAAUAUAUAUUGCUGCAACUAUAAAUAUAGUUUGGCUCUGCCUCUUGUUUAUUUCAAUGUUUUGCGGUAAAAAAAAUGUGCAGUAAUAGCAGUUUAAACCCACUGGUGCCCAAGUUGCUCAAGUUUUAAGACAAAUUACUGCUACUCAUUGCACAGGCAGAAGCUGAACUACAGUGAACAAUGUAAUUCACUGCUCAAUAUACAGGAAGAUUUUGCUAACUUGCUUGUCUGCCUUGCAAAAACUAGGGCAUGCUUCUACAGCCCUGGUCAGCAGUUUCCCUACAGGCCACUUAAGAGUGGGGAAGGAAGCAACGGCUAUAAAGUUUUGUUGUCACAGAUGCCACUUUCUGCAUACCCCUUUCACCUCUACAUUGACAAAUGCAAUAUCUGUCAGGGGCCUGGAUUUGGCCCAGGUGCCUCCACUUGCUGCCCCCUGUUUUACAGUGUGCUGAGCACCUACAGUAACUCUGUAUCAGAAUGAGUCCCAGUAAAUCAAGUGCCCUUGACUUCAAGUGAGAGCACAGGGCAAUCCCCCCAAAAAGCAGUUGGACUGCGUAUCUUCUACUUUUUAAGUGAGAUUCUAAGCAAAGAUCAACAUAAUACAACUUGUGUUUUAUAUUCAGUAAAGCUCUUAUUCAGGAAGUAUAUCUAGAAGCUGUAUGAAUGUGCAAAUGAAGGGGUUGACAGACUCAUAAUUACCAAGGUAGUGUCCGGUAUUACAAACUGCACAUAGAAGUCUCCUUUUCAUGCAAGUAAUCUCAUUCAGUAACUAAUAAGUAAAAGGGCUUUGAGAAUUAUGCCUCUUUCAUGAAGAAUUUUGUGGAAUGUAUUUUACAUGCUUUAUAAUGAAAUACUCUUCUGAGCUUCAAUAAAAUGUACGGUACAGCUUAAAGUUGGAAGGGAAUAUUUAUGCGACAUGUUUAGUUGUCAUUGAUUACAACUUUAUGUAAAAUUUCUAACACGUACAAGCCAGAACAACUGCUAUAUUUAGUUGUACUAUGGGGGAACAACUAUUUUUAAAAUGAAGGCAUUAAUAUAGUAUUAUGAAUUAUUGAAUAAAAAUAUAGACUUGUACUGAUCUGUUUUGUAAAUUUUACAACAGGCACUGCACAGUUUGGCAGUGUUCCCAUUGUUUUGUGCUUUGAUUUGUAGUAAGACUUGAUAUUUGAACCAUUUUAGAAUAAACUGCUUCUUGUACAGAU